AUGGACAUACUAAACUUAGGGACAGAAGGUCGUAAGUCUAGGAUAAAGCCCCGUGAGGGCGUCAAGAGGGACAAAUAUAAUAUGGAGGAUGUUGAUGAUUUCUUCGCAGAGGAUGAAGAAUCUGCCAUUGCAUCCAAGUCUAUCAGCAAAGAGCCUAUAAAGGAUAAAAGCAGACGAGCAGACGGUAGGGUCAGAGAUGAUUAUAAUAUUGUUGCUAGGAAGAUAGACUUCACCGAAGCUGAAGCUGAAUCAUUCCAUUUGUCACCAGUUUCAAUUGAGGGGAAUAAGAUACUUCCAAAGAAAAAGACAAAGAAAUCGCCAUUGAGAUCUCCCUUGCCUGAGAGACAGUUUGAUGACGAUGAUGAUGGAUACGAUUAUGAAGAUGAGAAUGACCUCUUUGUGGAUGAUGGAGAUGACAUGUAUAAAAACGAUUUUUAUGAUGAUGAAGACUUCGAUGAUUAUAAUAUAGACGAUGCUUCGAAACUUCUGCCUAUAUCAGUCGAGAAACUACCUACUCGUACCAGCAAUAACAAUAAUAAUAAUAAUAAUAAUAAUAAUAAUCAUAAUCAUAAUACUGAUAAUAGAAUCAGCUCACCAGCAAGGGUAUCUUCCUUAACUAAGAAUAUGGCACUUGGAAACUCUUCCAAGAGAAGGAAGCCACCAAUAAUAUUGGAAGAGCAUACUCCAACCGAUGACAUUUCGAACAGGAGAAAACGAAACCCUACUCAGAACAUGAGAACUCAUGUUAGAACGGUGAAUCCCUCUCCAUUGCCAUCUCCACCUCCAGAUGGACUUAGAAGGUCGAAGAGGACUAAAAUUGCUCCGUUGGCAUACUGGAGGAAUGAAAGAAUAGUGUAUACUAGAGCAAGCGAAGAUUAUGAUGUACCAGAUAACACGCUAACUAAUGACAUCAAAUUUAUCCCAUUGCAAGAGAUAAAAGAAGUAGUUCAUAUUCCUGAAGCGAAACUAAAUGCAUCAUUGUAUAAUAACAGAAAAAGAUCUUCGAAGGCAAAGUCUCGACAACCCGUUUCAAAAGCUAAUCGUCAAAAUCAACUUUCACUUCUGAACCAAUCUGAGAGCGAUAGGUACGAUUACGAAUCUGAUCCUGAGAUAGAAGGCUCUGAAUGGUAUAAAGAUCAAUCUUUGCAAUUACCCGUUUUUGUUUAUGGGACUACAGAUGAUAAAACUAGUAGAAGAAUCGCAUGGACUCCAAAUUCUGGAGAUUUCAAAACGCCCCCAAAAGACUCCAACAAUCCAGAAGAGAAUUUCAAAGUAGCUACUUUAUUCGAUGAAGAUAAGGCUUUCACAGCUACAGGAAUAUUGGACUUGCCAUUUGAGGGGAUCAAGCUGCUUAGGCAUACUGCAGAACAUGUUUUUAUUUUUCAUGUGAUAAAGGGACUAAUCGAGGUUACAAUUAAUGACAAACUGUUUGUUGUAACUAGAGGAUGUUCGUUUGAAGUACCAAGAGGGAAUGCUUACGGUUUAAAAAAUUUGGGAAGGAGUAAUGCCAGAUUGUUUUUUGUACAAACAAAAGUAUUUUUGCAAGAGGUUGAUCCGGACGGUCUAAAAGAAUCAGAUCGUAGCUGGGAUUAA